AUGGCAUCCAUAUUCACCUACCAGGAGGAGCCGCCACGAAUCCGUUCCCCGUGGGCUACCCCUGGUACUGCUACUCCUCAGCCUCUCCUGCCGAACCAGACACCUCUCCCUGACGGGCAGAAUCAGAAAAGCGAGCUCAGAAAGUUGGCGCCUGAGAACCAGGAAGGCCCUACGGAGUACAAACUCCACUUACUUCUACGUCCUAGACGUAGAUUCAUUUCGAUCUCUACAAGUACUUCGAUUCCUCAUCCUGACUAUGUGGGCUUACAGUCCAUCUCCUCGGGAAGUCGCUCCACCAGUGACCCGACCAUAAGCCGCGGCGUCUCUGUCCAACCCACCACUCAUGCUCGUCAAACGAGGCUACAGCAAUUAACAACACAGUUGUUAUGGAGACUGCAACAGUCAUCACCUUUCCAUUCGUCGUCGAAUGCAGAUUUAGUUUUGCCUAUACUCCCAGAAGCAACACCCAGGCUGGGUAUUCCAGAGCGUCCAGCGAAGUUGUUACCUGGGCUGGAGGAGAGUCAAGGCGCGCUUUACGAAAUCGGAGUAGCUGAUGACGGCACUCUGGUUGGUUUGGUAGAAGAUGAACUGCAGGAAAGCCUGACGAACCUCAGAGCCAUGGCUGCAAGUCUGGGCUGCACCACCAGCAUCCUGCGGAAAGUUGCAGUGGGAUAUUGUCAAUGGAGCGAGGAUGGCAAUGAAGGCGAUAUACUGGCCUGGCAAACCGAUCAGCUCUGGGUCGCCGAGGUCCUAGUCUAUCCGGACUCAAACGUCUUGACGGAGGCAGAUGUACCCACAUCUAGGCCCCACCAGUCGUCCAAUCUUUCUGCCCCCGAGGCCGGCAUAGAUGAUGGUAUGUCUUGCACGGAACAACUACGUGUGACCCUAGUAGGGGCAACUGCAGCUGGAAAGUCUUCGCUUUUGGGAACACUCUCGACCUCGACUUUGGACAACGGACGUGGGAAGAGCCGUUUGUCAUUGCUCAAGCACCGACACGAGCUUGCUUCUGGCGUCACCAGCUCAGUAGCCCAAGAGAUCAUUGGGUAUGCACGCGACCGUACUGCCUCUCCCGCCAUUGUCAACUAUGCCUUUGGGAAUGUCUCAUCCUGGAUCGACAUCCAUAAUUUGGCGCACCGUUUGGUAUUUCUCUCUGACUCACCGGGCAUUCCUAGGUUUGCCAAAUCAACUUUACGAAGUUUGAUUUCCUGGAAACCAGCUUGGACCAUUCUAUGCGUUGGGGCAGACAGCGGUGGGUCUAACGCAGCGCGCACCGGGGCUUCAAGCCCAAGAGAUGAGCCCCUUGCUCAACCAGAGUCCGCAAACAACAUGGAUCUUUCGCUUUCGUAUCUCGACUUAUGUCUCAGGCUAGGCACACCUUUGAUAAUUUGCAUUACCAAGAUUGACCUUGCCACUCGCUCGGGGUUGCGGGUGGUAUUAGCGAGGCUUCUCUCUGCUCUCAAGGCAGCUGGACGUAAGCCUUUAAUGGUAAACUUCCCUCCGAGUCAACCUCUGGUACCUGACGCUGCUGGGUCACAUCCUGCACUUCAGAGUAUGAGCACCGCCCAUCAAGCUGAGGUCGAUCGAGUCGUUUUCACACUGCAGGGCAAGGAUGGUUUCUCCGCUGUUCCCAUCCUGAUGACCAGUGCGGUCACAGGACUGGGUAUAGGCGGGUUGCAUGCACUGCUUCGGUCCCUUCCAGAUGUUCGACCUCAGGUGCUUGAACCAUCCGUCCUUACACCAUCCUCUCUAUUCCAUGUUGAUGAAGUGUUCAGCAUUCCGCCAUCCCGCGUGUACUCUUCCGACUUCGGGAACCGAGUUGUCAAGGAAGGUGUGGUGUUGUGUGGUUACGUUGCUCGUGGCACGCUGUCGGUUGGAAGUGUUAUGUACCUCGGGCCGAUUUCCAAGGAUCAAGAUUCGUCUUCAAAACAGCCUGCUCGACUUGCUGCGCGGUCCUGCUCCUAUGGUAACGAGACGGUCGGUCGUGACAGUGCCGGGAUGACGACUAAACUUGGGCAGUCAUAUCAAGGCGAGUGUUCCAGGUCUCCAGCGUCCAGAACCAGGGAGUUUGAGACGAUUUUUCUGCCUGUUCGCAUCGUUUCAUUGCGAAAUCUCCGGCUUCCUGUUGUUGGCAUGCAACAAGGAGAUACUGGAACGAUUGGAGUGGAACUCUUGAACAAUGAUACAGCAGGUACGACGCUCGAGCGAGCCCGGAAAGGCAUGGUUUUGCUAGGUGAUCCAGGCGAUACCAGCCUCGCAGGCUAUCGUUCGUUCUCUGCAUCGUUUGAAUUGCCCGACUUUGCUCGGCAAGACUCACCACCAUUGAUCCUGGGCGGUCAUGCCACCGUCUAUAUCAAUAGUAUACGUGCUGCUGUCAAGGUCAUCGGUAUGGCCUUGGAUGAAGGAGCUACCGAGGAAGAAACCGCAGCUUCUUCCGAGGGCGAAGUCUUCCGCUUUGACAUGGAGGAUAUAAAACAAAUGCGUGGGGAUGGCAACAGCCCCGGCCAGAAAGGGAUCAAACUCACCUUCCGCUUCGUCAGCACCGUGGAGUGGAUGGAGAAAGACAACCAAGUCCUUGUUAUUCCGACGGUUGUUGCACCUGGGCCAGUGUCAGGGCCGGCUGUGUCCCACACAUCGGGACUCGCCGGCUUCGUAGGCAGAGUAUGUGAAGUUUAUACUUGA